AUGAACUCCGCCAGCCAAGAUAUCAACUUGAAUUCUCCUAACAAAGGUGUGCUGUCUGAUUUCUUGACUAACAUCCCUGUUGACCCCGGUGUGGCCCCCCGAACUCCAGCUGUAGAGGGCCUGAUAGAGGUGGAGGAAGAAGAGCUUCGGGCUGAGCUUGCUAAGGUGGAAGAAGAAACUGUCACUCUAUGCCAGGUCCUGGCAGCCAAAGAGAGGCACUGUGGAGAGCUGAAAAGAAGGCUGGGCCUCUCUACUUUAGGGGAGCUGCAGCAGAACCUGUCUAGGAGCUGGCAUGAUGUGCAGGUCUCUACUGACUAUGUGAAAAUGUCUGAGAAACUUGGAGAGUGGAUUGAAAAAGUGACCCAGUCAGACCUCUACAAGAAGACUCAAGAAAUCCUUUCACAGGCAGGACAGAAGACAUCUGCUGCCUUGUCCACUGUGGUCUCUACCAUCAGUAGGAAACCGAGAGACAUGAGGAACUCUGCAACCUUCAAGUCAUUUGAAGACCGAGUAGGGACCAUAAAGAUAUGUGUAGUUUUCACCCUUCAUCAAGGAAACCUCUUUCCAACAGUUCGGGGAUCAUUGUGGAAGAGGGAAAGAGAAGAUGGGAAGAACUGGAAGAACAAGAAGUUUGCUGUGGCGGAUCUCAGAUUCUCCAAGCUCUAUGGGGAGGAUCCGAUGGAGAUGUCCAAUUUAGACUUUCUCUCCAUAAAUGUCUGA